UCCUUGUCACGUGCUUCGUGUUAUGUGGGGCACUCCACAUUUGUUGCUAUUUGAGGAAGCUCUGCUUUUCCACCCCUUGUUGCAUUCCUGUUUGUGGUUCCAUUUGUGAGCAUUCUGGCUCCUCCCCUACACUACCUAGACAGGACUUAAAGACAGGUGCUGUGUCACCUGAACACCAUCUCCCUCUCUUCCUGGGUAGGCUAAUCUUGCUCCAACUGCUUGUCAGCGCACGUCUAGCUUGUUGCUGCUUCAUGCUGCACACUGAAAAUAAAAGAAAUCCCCAGGCUGCAAUAUAUGGGCACUUCAAGUCAUCUUGCUAAUUGAGGUGAUGCUCCAGUAAUAUGUAGCUGUAGAAGGUCCUUACGUUCAAAGAUAUCCCCCUGUGCUUGGAUAUUGGUGGAACUGAGGUAUCAAACUGGGAGAUGCAAAUAACACACUGACAGAGCAUUCCCCUUGUACACUAUAACUAGUGCGCAUCACCCUCACUACUAAACGGCAAGAAUAGAGACAAAGAAAUCAGGCAACCAAAAAUGGAGAAGGUUGUUGCUUGUCUAUACAGAAGGCCUAACGCACUUUAUAGGCUGAUUUGCUUCCCCUGGGCUGGAAGUGGCGCUACCCAUUUUGCAAAAUGGGGCAAACUCUUUGACAACUCAAUAGAAGUGUAUUCUGUAAAUCUUCCUGGAAGAGACUCUCGUGUUAACGAACCUUUUGCAAAAGACAUGAAAACUAUCGUUAAUGACAUUAGUAGUGUUUUGCUUCAAGACUUGCAAGAGAAACCUUUUGCAUUUUUUGGUCACAGUUUUGGAUCCUAUGUUAGUUUUGCAGUUGCAGUACACUUGAAAAAACUAUAUGGACUACAACCAGAGCAUCUUUUUAUAUCAAGCGCAGGUGCCCCACAUACAACAUGUUGUUAUCCUCUCCACACGGUAAAAGACCAAGACGAAGAAGAAAUUAUCAAAGGGAUACAGUCUCUUGGAGGUACUCCUCCUGACUUUCUGCAGAACAAAAAUGUUAUGAAACACUUCAUUCCUGCAUUAAGAGCAGAUCUUGCAGUUGUUCAGGCCUUUCUCUCUGAGGAACUGGUAAUGGAUGGUCUCUCUUGUGACCUUACAUGCUUUGGUGGGUCUGAAGAUUUGCCAUUUGAUUUAGAAGCAUGGAAGGAUCUAACAAGUGGAGAUACCAGUAUUCACAAGCUUCCUGGAGGACACUUUUAUCUGCUGGACCCUGCUAAUGAAAUUUUCAUGGCAGACUAUAUGACCAAAUGUAUAGAAACUGUUGAUCUCUGAGUAUAUGUCUUUAUUUUGCAGGGAGAGGGGUCAAAGAUUAGUCCAAAGCAGUAAAUAAUACAAAACAUUUUCUAUACAACUUUACAACUACCACAGAGGCAAGGUAAGCAACUUUCUGUAGCAACAGGGCUAACAGUUGAUGUAUUAAUACAGGUGCAUCCUACAGCCAAAGGUUUCUCCAGGAUAUAAUUUAUGAUGAUACUUAGGAAAAUUCUGAUU